ACUCGGCUGUGGCGACCUGAAUGGCAGCAGCUGCCUAGAUGACAGAUAGUCUGAAUGCAUGGAGCUGUCCCAUCUGGGAGGUGCUGAAACCUUUGUAACCACCCACAGGACACAGUCCAGAGGUGGAAGAUGUGGGUUGCAACACUCUAACCCUGCCCAGGGGCCAUGCUAGAAGGCAGGAAGCACGCGCACCUGGAAGCAUAAAUGACAGGAAGCGGUUGGCGCGCCCUCUGAUGGGACGCCAGCAUGGGAUGGAGCACGGAGGCAGUGUGGCCACAUCUGGCGGAGAAAGCAGCGGGCAGCGAGGCAGGAGAUGCUGGUGACGUGACAGAGAUCCAAAUUACAAUGAAGCCCAUAUUCUGUGUGGUGCUGCUCAUCAUGAUCCUACAUCCUGCGGAGUGCAGACGCUAUGCUCAGCAAAAUGAGUAUGGAGAUGAAGGAGACUAUGGUGGGCCGUCUGGAGGAGGAGGAGGAGGCUGCAGACAUAAAAAAGGAGCGCAGGGUGGAAUAAUGGGUCAUCUCGCUGAACUAACACAGUCAUUAGGCCUACCAAACCAAUUACAAGGUGGUUUUGUAGAGAAGCUCUUAGGCCUUGGCCAGAAGUUUGCUGGAGAUCCAGGAAAACUCCAAGAACAGCUCUUCGGACUGGCCAAACAGUUUGGGUUAUCGAGUGGACAACUACAAGAUCUGCUCUCUGGUUUGGUCCAGAAGCUUGGCUCAGGUCCAGGCUCCGGGGACGGUACAAAGUGCCCAUUAAAAGGUCUUGCAGAGAAGUUUUUAGGUAAAGGGCAGAGAUUCGGCUCGUCAUCAGGAGGAGGUGGAGGAACACGCAAGAAAUUUGGUCAAGGAGCUGGAUCAGGCAGAAAUGGCUGUGGAUCGGACUACGAUGGAGAAGAGGAGGAAUCGGGCAGAGGUGGUCAAUAUGGAUCACAAUACGGUGGAAGACGAGGCAGAAACUCUGGACAGCGAAGGCGACAGCAAGAGCCUGAGGAUUAUUAGAUGCAUCCAAAAACUCGAUGAAUGAAGACGAGAAUCAACCAAGAGGAUCUUCUCCGACGUCGUGAAGCAAAUAAAACCCAAAAGGCUGGCAGAGGCUCUGAACAAGCAAAAGCAGCAGCCAAUUCCCGUAAAACCACAAAAGCCAGAUAACGACUCUAAAUAAAAAGUUAUAAU